AUGUCGGACUACAGCACCGGAGGACCCCCGCCCGGGCCACCGCCGCCCGCCGGCGGAGGCGGGGGUUCCGGGGGAGCAGGGGGCGCCGGGGGAGGCCCUCCGCCGGGCCCGCCGGGCGCGGGGGACCGGGGCGGCGGCGGCCCGGGCGGCGGCGGCCCGGGCGGGGGGUCGGCCGGGGGCCCCUCGCAGCCGCCCGGCGGGGGCGGCCCGGGGAUCCGCAAGGACGCCUUCGCCGACGCCGUCCAGCGGGCCCGUCAGAUUGCAGCCAAAAUUGGGGGCGACGCUGCUACGACAGUGAAUAACAGCACUCCGGAUUUUGGUUUUGGGGGCCAAAAGAGACAGCUCGAGGAUGGAGACCAGCCGGAGAGCAAGAAGCUCGCUUCCCAGGGAGACUCCAUCAGUUCUCAACUGGGACCCAUCCACCCUCCCCCCAGGACUUCGAUGACAGAAGAGUACAGGGUCCCCGACGGCAUGGUGGGACUAAUCAUUGGCAGAGGAGGCGAACAGAUCAACAAAAUCCAGCAGGAUUCAGGCUGCAAGGUCCAGAUUUCUCCAGACAGCGGCGGCCUGCCCGAGCGCAGUGUGUCCUUGACAGGAGCCCCGGAGUCCGUCCAGAAAGCAAAGAUGAUGCUGGAUGACAUCGUCUCUCGGGGUCGUGGCGGCCCCCCAGGACAGUUCCAUGACAACGCCAACGGCGGCCAGAACGGCACGGUACAGGAGAUUAUGAUUCCUGCCGGGAAGGCUGGCCUGGUCAUUGGCAAAGGCGGGGAGACGAUUAAGCAGCUGCAGGAGCGAGCUGGAGUGAAGAUGAUUUUAAUUCAAGACGGUUCCCAGAACACAAACGUGGACAAACCUCUCCGGAUCAUUGGGGAUCCUUACAAAGUGCAGCAAGCUUGCGAGAUGGUGAUGGACAUCCUUCGGGAGCGUGACCAGGGCGGCUUUGGGGACCGGAAUGAGUAUGGAUCCCGGAUUGGCGGGGGCAUUGACGUGCCAGUGCCCAGGCAUUCUGUCGGUGUGGUCAUCGGCCGGAGCGGAGAGAUGAUCAAGAAGAUCCAGAAUGACGCCGGUGUGCGGAUACAGUUCAAGCAAGAUGACGGGACGGGUCCCGAGAAGAUCGCUCACAUAAUGGGGCCCCCGGACCGGUGCGAGCAUGCAGCACGGAUCAUCAAUGACCUCCUCCAAAGCCUCAGGAGUGGGCCCCCAGGCCCUCCAGGGGGUCCUGGCAUGCCCCCAGGGGGCCGGGGCCGAGGAAGGGGCCAGGGCAACUGGGGCCCGCCUGGCGGGGAGAUGACCUUCUCCAUCCCCACGCACAAGUGCGGGCUGGUCAUCGGCCGAGGUGGCGAGAACGUGAAAGCCAUAAACCAGCAGACGGGCGCCUUCGUCGAGAUCUCCCGGCAGCUGCCGCCCAACGGGGACCCCAACUUCAAACUGUUCAUCAUCCGCGGCUCACCCCAGCAGAUCGACCAUGCCAAGCAGCUCAUCGAGGAGAAGAUUGAGGGUCCCCUCUGCCCAGUCGGACCAGGCCCUGGGGGUCCAGGCCCUGCCGGCCCCAUGGGGCCCUUCAACCCCGGGCCCUUCAAUCAGGGGCCUCCCGGGGCUCCCCCUCAUGCUGGAGGCCCCCCUCCUCACCAGUACCCACCCCAGGGCUGGGGCAAUACCUACCCCCAGUGGCAACCGCCUGCUCCUCAUGACCCAAACAAAGCCGCUGCGGCUGCUGCAGACCCCAACGCCGCCUGGGCCGCCUACUACUCACACUACUACCAGCAGCCUCCAGGCCCUGUGCCCGGCCCCGCACCGGCCCCCGCGGCCCCACCCACCCAGGGCGAGCCCCCUCAGCCCCCGCCCACCGGCCAAUCGGACUACACUAAGGCCUGGGAAGAGUAUUACAAAAAGAUCGGCCAGCAGCCCCAGCAGCCCGGAGCACCCCCGCAGCAGGACUACACGAAAGCCUGGGAGGAGUACUACAAGAAGCAAGCUCAAGUGGCCAGCGGAGGGGGUCCGGGAGCACCGCCAGGCUCCCAGCCGGACUACAGCGCCGCCUGGGCUGAAUAUUACAGACAGCAGGCCGCUUACUACGGACAGACUCCAGGUCCUGGCGGCCCCCAGCCUCCACCCACACAGCAGGGACAGCAGCAGGCAAGUGGGAAUUGCCACCCUCCUCCUCCUCCUUUUUCCUUCCAACCCCCGGCCACCGUCCAUCCUGCCUUAGUGGGUAGCGCCGGAAAUCCCUUCCCCUGCGGGGUGUGUCCUUGAUGCCUGCAGCGGGGGCCGUGUGGCCAGAGGUCUCCGGGAGUCCCCGUGAGCCGGGGGACGUGUGCGCUGGGUCCACGAAGAGGCCUCCCUCCGCCGGCCCGCUUGUUCCUGUGUAACGCUGUUGUGAUGCUGGGGGAGAGCGGAAGCAAACGCCAGGUGGAACUGUGGAACUGGUGGGUAGUCCUGGGGGUGGGGCAGGCCAUCGCUCCAACAUUGAUCGCCGUCCUGGCUGCUAACUCGCUCACUCAAAAUCUGGCCACUUGGGAAGAAAACGGAUCUGUUUUCCCCUCUUCUGCAUUACUUUUUUGGGUUUUGUUCUUUUUAGUCUUUAUUUUUAAACCCACGAUCUUUCCCCGUGUCCAAGUGACUGUGUGUGUUGCCGGCGGCCCCCGCGGGGGUCAGCCCUGGCUCUGGCAGGUCUCGGGGAGCCUGCCCAGGGGCCCGGCCUCGGGACCCCGCACUCCCUCCGCCAGGGCCUGGCUGCCUCUGCCUGCGCGCCCGCCUCUGUGUCCCGGUCUUGUCUGUGAAGUGGGCAUGACGAUCGCUGCCACCUUCCAACCUACCUCACAGGGGUGUUGUGGGGACACCGUGAUCUCUGAGAUUGUUCAUGUUGUGAUGCGCCGGGAGCCGCCCGCCUUCCUGAAGACAGAGGGCACCCUUCUCCCUCCAGACCCUAAGCGCUUCUCCCCCCCUCUCCCCCUCUCUCUCUGUCCUUC